CCUUCAACUUCUCUCUCUGCUCGACAGCUACUCCACUCUCGAGUCCGAUUCACCAACCCACAGAAGAGAGAGAGAGAGAGAGAGAGUUUUUCAACUUUCCAGUGACUGAGCUCGUCGCAAACACCGUCGCGAACUGAACUGCCGUUGCGCAGCGAUGGCGAAUUUAACUUUGACCGGUAUAUUGGAAAAGAUGACGGGCAAGGAUAAAGAUUUUAGAUAUAUGGCAACAUCUGAUCUCUUAAACGAAUUAAAUAGAGAUAAUUUUAAGGCAGAUGCUGAUUUAGAGGUUAAAUUAUCCAAUAUCAUUAUUCAGCAGCUUGAUGAUGUUGCUGGCGAUGUCUCUGGCUUGGCUGUCAAAUGUCUUGCCCCAUUAGUGAAGAAAAUCAGUGAUGCACGAGUGGUGGAUAUGACCAAUAAACUGUGUGAGAAACUGCUGAACGGGAAAGAUCAGCAUCGCGACAUUGCGAGCAUAGCUUUGAAGACUAUCGUUGCUGAAGUUGCUACUCAGACUCUUGCACAGUCUAUUCUAUCUUCUAUUUUGCCGCAAUUGAUUCAUGGAAUUACUGCCCCUGUCACAAGCACGGAAAUAAAAUGUGAAUGUCUUGAUAUUUUAUGUGAUAUCCUCCAUAAAUUUGGAAGUCUCAUGGCAAGCGAACAUGAGCAGCUCUUAGGUGCACUCCUGUCCCAGUUGAGUUCUAAUCAAGCUAGUGUGAGAAAGAAAACCGUUUCAUGUAUAGCAUCUCUUGCUUCAAGCUUGUCUGACGAUCUGCUGGCAAAGGCGACAGUUGAAGUGGUUCAGAACUUGAGAAAUAAAGGUGCAAAAUCAGAAAUGUGUCGCACAAACAUUCAGAUGAUUGGAGCUUUAAGUCGCGCUGUGGGUUAUCGUUUUGGACCCCAUCUUUCUGACACUGUCCCUGUUUUGAUCAAUUACUGUACAAGUGCUUCAGAGAAUGAUGAGGAACUUCGUGAGUACAGCUUGCAGGCACUAGAAAGUUUUCUCCUUAGAUGCCCCAGGGAUAUCUCUUCCUACUGUGAUGAGAUUCUUCAUCUUACUCUGGAGUAUUUAAGUUAUGACCCAAACUUCACGGAUAACAUGGAGGAGGAUACUGAUGACGAGAGUCUUGAAGAGGAGGAAGAGGAUGAAAGUGCAAAUGAAUAUACAGAUGAUGAAGAUGUCAGCUGGAAAGUUAGAAGAGCAGCUGCUAAAUGCUUAGCGGCAUUAAUCGUGUCUCGUCCGGAGAUGCUUGCGAAAUUGUAUGAGGAGGCUUGCCCAAAAUUGAUUGAGAGAUUCAAAGAGAGGGAGGAAAAUGUCAAGAUGGAUGUAUUUAAUACAUUUAUUGAACUGUUGCGUCAAACUGGGAAUGUUACAAAAGGGCAGAUUGACAUUAAUGAAUUAAGUCCAAGAUGGUUGCUGAAGCAAGAAGUGCCAAAGAUCAUCAAGUCUAUAAAUAGGCAACUACGUGAGAAGUCUAUUAAGACUAAGGUUGGUGCCUUUUCUGUUUUGAAAGAACUUGUUGUCGUCUUGCCAGAUUGCCUGACAGACCACAUUGGAUCCCUCAUCCCAGGAAUUGAAAAGGCAUUAAAUGACAAAACUUCUACCUCAAAUUUGAAAAUAGAAGCUCUUAUCUUUACAAGAUUGGUAUUGGCUUCACAUUCUCCAUCUGUUUUCCAUCCUUAUGUAAAGGCUCUUUCUAGUCCUGUUUUAUCUGCUGUGGGUGAGCGUUAUUACAAAGUCACAGCUGAGGCAUUGAGAGUUUGUGGGGAACUCGUUCGUGUUGUUCGCCCUAACAUUGAAGGGACUGGUUUUGAUUUUAAGCCUUACGUUCGUCCAAUUUAUAAUGCCAUAAUGUCACGCUUGACAAAUCAAGAUCAAGAUCAGGAGGUCAAGGAGUGUGCUAUCACUUGCAUGGGACUUGUUGUCUCAACCUUUGGCGAUAAUCUCAAAGCAGAAUUACCCGCCUGUCUCCCUGUACUUGUUGAUCGCAUGGGGAAUGAGAUAACCAGACUAACAGCUGUAAAGGCAUUUGCUGUCAUUGCUGCUUCGCCGCUGCAAAUUGAUCUCUCUUGUGUUUUGGAGCAAGUAAUAACUGAAUUGACUGCAUUCUUAAGAAAGGCAAACCGGCCCUUAAGGCAGGCCACGCUGGGGACCCUUAAUUCCCUAAUUGUUGCUUAUGGUGAUAAAAUUGGUUCAUCUGCUUAUGAAGUUAUUAUUAUCGAACUUUCCACUUUGAUAAGUGAUUCAGACUUGCACAUGACGGCUCUUGCCUUGGAACUCUGCUGCACCUUGAUGUCAGAUAAGAGAUCAAGUUCAGUUAUUGGGUUGGCUGUUAGAAACAAAGUUCUUCCUCAAGCACUAACAUUAAUCAAAAGCUCAUUGCUCCAGGGGCAAGCUUUAUCGGCUUUGCAAAACUUCUUUGCUGCUUUGGUCUAUUCAGAAAACACAAGUUUUGAUGCCCUGCUAGAUUCUCUUCUUUCAAGUGCUAAACCAUCUCCCCAGGCGGGUGGUGUUGCAAAACAAGCUUUGUACUCGAUAGCACAAUGUGUGGCUGUUCUUUGUCUUGCUGCGGGUGAUCAGAAGUAUGCAUCUACAGUGAAAAUGCUUACUGAAAUCCUCAAAGUUGACAGCAGUACCAAUUCAGCCAAGCAGCAUCUUGCAUUGCUAUGUCUUGGGGAGAUUGGGAGGAGGAAAGAUCUAAGCUCUCAUCCCCAUAUUGAGAAUAUUGUUAUCGAGUCAUUCCAAUCACCUUUUGAAGAGAUAAAGUCUGCAGCUUCCUAUGCUCUUGGCAAUAUUGCUGUUGGUAAUCUAUCCAAGUAUCUGCCUUUUAUCUUGGAUCAGAUUGAUAAUCAGCAGAAGAAACAGUAUCUAUUGCUUCAUUCUUUGAAGGAGGUCAUAGUAAGGCAGUCUGUAGAUAAAGCAGAAUUUCAGGAUUCUAGUGUUGAGAAGAUCCUUAAAUUACUUUUUAAUCACUGUGAAAGUGAGGAAGAGGGUGUUCGCAAUGUAGUAGCUGAGUGUCUGGGUAAAAUUGCGCUUAUUGAACCUGCAAAGCUUGUUCCUGCACUGAAGGUACGAACAACCAGUCCAGCUGCAUUCACUCGGGCUACAGUUGUUAUUGCAGUGAAAUAUUCAGUGGUGGAGCGGCCAGAGAAGAUAGAUGAAAUUAUAUACCCUGAGAUCUCAUCAUUCCUGAUGCUUAUUAAGGAUGAUGAUCGGCAUGUAAGGCGUGCAGCUGUAUUGGCGUUGAGUACAUUUGCUCACAACAAGCCAAACCUUAUUAAGGGGCUUCUUCCAGAAUUGUUACCACUUCUUUAUGAUCAAACAAUCGUCAAGCAAGAAUUGAUAAGGACAGUUGAUCUUGGUCCAUUUAAGCACGUUGUGGAUGAUGGCCUUGAGUUAAGGAAGGCUGCUUUUGAGUGUGUGGACACAUUGCUAGACAGUUGUCUUGAUCAAGUGAACCCCUCAUCUUUUAUUGUUCCUUACCUUAGAUCCGGUCUCGAUGAUCACUAUGAUGUUAAAAUGCCUUGCCAUCUUAUCCUCUCCAAACUUUCAGAAAAAUGUCCGUCUGCAGUACUGGCCGUUCUCGACUCAUUGGUGGACCCUCUCCUGAAAACAAUUAAUUUCAAGCCAAAGCCAGAUGCUGUCAAGCAAGAAGUAGAUCGUAAUGAAGACAUGAUUCGCAGCGCCCUUAGAGCUAUUGCCUCCUUAAAUCGUAUUAGUGGUGGAGAUUGCAGCCUAAAGUUCAAGAAUCUAAUGCAUGAAAUAUCCAAGUCUCCAGCGCUUUGGGACAAGUACUAUUCCAUCCGAAAUGAAUGACGGAUUGGCCUUGUUUGCGUCCAAAGUUUGCUUGCGAAAAUUGAGAAAAUUGAUCAAUCAUCCAAUAGCCACAUUUUUUUUUUUUUGGGUUUAAAGAACCAAAAAUGAAGCAAGCUUGUGGCCUCAUUUAUGCAUGUGUAAAGCGGCUUAAGAGUUUAUAUGAGAAACUUAUAGAAUAGGCGAGACGCAUCACCAUUUUCUUAUAUCCUAGGAAAUACCAGUUUAUUUAUGAUUUUUCUUGUAUAGUUUUGAAAAUAUCAAUCCGCCAUAAAUAUGUCCAUUGUUAGCCGUAUCCCAAACUCAAUUUAUGGGUUUGCAUUUGUGGCUGAGAUAGACUUGAACAAAAUGUCGUUUUUGGAGACAUUUCGUGUGGAUCAUAAUAGUUUUUUUUUUUUUUUUUUUUUGAACGUAUGCCCAUAGCCAUCAUCUUCACAUAACAAAUAUUGAGAGCCUGUAUGUUUUAUAUAUUUAAAUUUGAAUGUUAGA